GCGGCGGCGGAGGAGGCGGAGGAGGAAGAGGAGGGCGGCGUCCCCGGAGCCCGCCCGCGCCCGCAGGAGGAGGCCAUGAACGGCGACCGGACCGAGAGCGACUGGCAGGGGCUGGUGAGCGAGUACCUAGUGUGCAAAAGAAAGCUGGAGAGUAAAAAGGAAGCCCUGCUGAUCCUCUCCAAGGAGCUGGACACAUGCCAGCAAGAAAGGGACCAGUACAAACUCAUGGCCAAUCAGCUUCGAGAGCGCCACCAGUCCUUGAAGAAGAAAUACCGGGAGCUGAUCGAUGGUGAUCCAUCACUUCCCCCUGAAAAGAGGAAACAGGCUAAUCUUGCACAACUACUGAGAGAUUCUCAGGACCGAAAUAAACAUCUGGGAGAAGAAAUUAAAGAACUUCAGCAAAGGCUUGCAGAAGUCCAGGGCGACAAUAAGCUCUUGAGGAUGACAAUUGCCAAGCAGAGGCUCGGAGAUGAAGAAAUCGGCGUGCGGCACUUUGCAGCUCAUGAGCGUGAAGACUUGGUUCAGCAGCUGGAGACAGCUAAGGAACAGAUUGAGUCUCUGGAGCAUGACCUGCAGGCCUCUGUGGAUGAGCUCCAGGAUGUUAAGGAAGAACGAUCUUCCUACCAGGACAAAGUGGAGAGGCUCAACCAGGAGCUAAACCACAUCCUGGGUGGCCAUGAGAACCGGAUCAUUGACGUGGACGCCCUGUGUAUGGAGAACAGGUACCUUCAAGAGCGGUUAAAGCAACUCCACGAAGAGGUCAACCUCUUGAAGUCAAACAUCGCCAAGUACAAGAAUGCUCUCGAGCGACGGAAGAACUCCAAAGGCCAGAGUAAAUCUAGCAGCAGUGCGCUGACUGGAGUCCUGUCUGCAAAGCAAGUUCAAGAUCUGUUAUCUGAGGAUCAUGGGUGCAGUCUCCCGGCUACUCCACAGUCCAUUUCUGAUCUGAAGUCUCUGGCAACAGCCCUGCUGGAGACGAUCCACGAGAAAAACAUGGUCAUCCAGCACCAGAGGCAGACCAACAAAAUCCUAGGGAAUCGGGUGGCUGAACUGGAGAAAAAAUUAAGAACUCUGGAAGUUUCUGGUUUGUGGAGUCUUCCAGGCCUGAGCUACAAUGUUUCAGUAGGAUUCGGGAGGAGCAAGGACACCAUACUCUUCAGUGACCCCAGUCUUCCCAUACAGAGGUCAAGAUCCCCCCUGCUGAAGUUCAUCGAGCAGCCCACUGAGAACAAAGCAAAUUCCCAGGACGGGGAGGAUCCGAAGCCGGAUGGCGAUGAAAGCCGGGGCGCCCCAGAGGAUGCGGGCAGACCGGCUGUCCGUGCCCCGGCGAGCCAGAGCCACAGGGACCGGUGCGACCCCUCGGUGGCCUCCGAGGAAGAAGGGACCGACAGGCUGUCGGGGGAAAUCACGACAAUGACAGAGGCACAGACAGCGCUGGAACCAGAAGGGCUCAGCCGAGCGAGCCCCGGGGUGGCCCAGAGGCACCAGAUGGCCUGCAGGGGGGACGCCCCCAAAUCUCGCCCGGGCUCCUUUGAGUCCAGCCAGGCAGCAGCCGGAGCCUCGGCCCCGGGGGACAGCAAGGAGCCCCCCGGGGGUGGUGGCGCGGGCAGGAGCGCCCUGCAAACCUGAGGGGCGAGGGCUCCGCGGGGUGACACGCUGGGGCGCGGGGGGUGCGGGAAGCCUCAGAGCAGCCCGGGGGAGCCGCUCUCCUGAGACCCGUCCCCCCCGUCUGCGAGCAACAGGAGGCGCGGGCCCUGCGGCACCCUGAAUAUCCUGACGGUGCCGGCACAGUCUGAUUUAUUAAAUGCGGGUCCUCAGGCUCCUCCGUGUCAUCUUUCUGCAGGAGACGCCCCGCCGCGGACACGGGCAGGCCCGGAGUCGCGGCGGCCACACGGCUGGGUUCGGAUCUGUCUCCCCGCCAGCGUUAGUUUUAUUAGAGAUAAGAUGUUUUUCUAUUAGCGUUUAAUGUUGUCGAUCAAAAUUAUGGCAAGAGCUAGAAACGGAUGCGGUUUUUCAUCAGGUCCCCGUCUUUGUGACGGUUAGGCGGCCGGAGAGAAAGGUGUCACUGAGCAUAAUGGGUCCAGAGGGCCCUCGGCUCUGCCUCCUCAUGUCGGGGCCGGGGGGACCUCCCAGCGUGGGUGUCCUGGGCACCCCACCCGCGGCCCUGUCUGUCCUGGCACCGACUGGCAGGUGCGCAGGGGCUUACUCGGGCUCAGAAGGUUGGGUUUCCCGGAUUGAAAUCCACUGUCCCCGUGGAGACCUGUUUGCUGACUGCUAGAGCUGCGUUCUCCGGCCUGUAAUUCUGGAGGAUUAAUCGACCUGGAGUGAUGGGAGGGAGAAGACGGGAGGAGGGGGACUCCGAAGGUAUUUUUUUGUUUCUGAGAUAAGAGCCACAACCUGGGAAUGCUGCUUCUCUGCAUUUAACCUGUGAUGCAUAUAGGGUUCUCUGGCCUGUAGGGUUUUCUGGCCAUGUGGGGUUGGGGCGAGAUAAACAGAAAUUGCUGCUUAGGGCCAAUCCAGUUUCUUGUGCUGCGUGAAACCCUCCGGGCCUCCACACGGUGUUAGGGCUGCCCACCCCCCCCCCUUGCCACCAGGUACUGGGAUCUUAGAGACAAGACACAGAGCAAGUUGCCCAGAUAGUGGAAAGACAGAGGAAAACAAAGUAACUUCAUUACAGCCUGUUUCGGGGGACUGGGGAACCAAGAAUCAAGGGUGGGGAGGAGGGGAUGUCCAACCUCCUGGUCCUUUCCUUCCAGAUAAAGUUAGCUCUUCUAGGCGGCAUCUGGAGCUAUGGAAAAUUGAGGGCUCGUCAAACAAUAGACCUUUCUUUGAGCUCACCUCAGUUCGUUACCCCCAGAAAGGCCUGAUACAAGAUCCCAAAGCUCAAUACACACACACACCCACCAAGAACCAGAAUCGCUCCUUUGAGAGGCUCUCCUGCAGGAAAAAGAGAGGCUCCCGGGGUGGGCAAGAUGAAAAUUCAUCCGAAACAUCAGAUGUUUGCAGCAGGCUUGUGAUCCCAGGUGAGCACCCUGCACGGGGGCGGCCAGCCCGCCACGUGUCACCUCUGGCGUGACUCUGCCAGCGGAGAAGGAGCUCUGUCGGAUUUUGUGCUGUCUCACCGUGAAGGCGAGCAGAGUGUAGACAAGAAGGUCCAGUUUGGGGCCUGGGUGGGCCUCCAGCUGCCUUCCUACCACUCAGCAGAGGUCACCCCAAUAGUGGAAUAGGGGCAUGUCCGAGGCGGGGCGCUGUUGCUCCUGGACGCACCACCUGCCCCUGCCCGUCAGGCCCCGGUGCCCCACUCAUCCCCCUGCGCUUCAGCGUCUCCCUGCCCCCCCAGACCCCCCCACCUCCGCUUCCUCUCCGGGGAGGUGGCUUCUGCAGCUGCAGAGCUUGCACAGGCCAGCAGCCACAGAAAUAAUUUUCCUGCGGCACUAGGCCUUAACUAUCUGCAAAUGUUCAGCACUGCUGCAUCGUACGCCAGAGCCACCAAAGGAAAUCACAGCCAGAUUUAAUACAAUAAUAAUAAAAAGAAAAAUCUCUCCCCACGGAAGCUCUGGUUUUGACACACAGUCGGCCAGGUGCACAUCUUUAGGGCCCAUUCAAUCACCUGCUGGAAAGCAGUGCUUAUAACAAACUCCAUCACAUUCCAUCACGGGCGGGGAAACUACUGUGAG